GUCCGCCUGUAGACGCUGGCUAGAGACGCUGGCUAACGGAUAGUGCGCUUGUGUGGCAUGCAACCCUACUUUUAUAGCUGGCCUCCGUAACCCUAGCAUGCUUGCCGUACACUAGAAAAGUUUACCGUAGUUGUACCACCGGUGACUUUAAAGUGCCUGUACCUGUAGUAAAAAGGAUCAUAUAACAAACCUACAACAGCCACGCCGCGCCCUAUGAGCCUUUUGACGAUCCUGUCGUCUCGUUCGGCGGGAAGUGAUGCGUCUCUGAAAAGAGGCUAGCGUGACCAGUAAAUCGGCCAGCGGCGCGCGGUGUUUUCGCGGGGCUACAACCACCAGCCAUGGAAGAGGAGCAACCCUCUCAGCAGGAGAAGCUGCAGGAGGAAGGAGCGACAAUGCAAGGCUUAUCAGACAGUGACAUGUUGCAGUUGUGCAAGCAACUGCAGGAGAUACGUGCCCGGCUUGCCAAAGCCAGGGCCAAGGCUCAAGUCGAUAGCACCGUUCAAGACAAGGCAGCUGCAAAAUUAGAUGAAGUAUGCGAGUUGCUACAGCGAGAAAACCUGAGUGACUGCUCUACCUGUCCGAAAGAUGGAACCUCAUCCGCAAACAACGCUUCAACGAUGACCGAAGAUGAUGCCGUGAAUGCAGUUAUUGUGGGGCCGGCCUGCGGUCCAAGUUGUUGCGCUGCGAAUGAAACAGUUGGGGGUGACGACGCGUCCGUUUCGUCGGCGGUCAUCGUGGACACGGCAAACCUCGACGUAGCCUGCGAGACCGUCUCGACCACGGACUACUGCGUUGUCACGGAGAGUCCGUCGCCCGCGAAAGCAGGCGGAGUGCGUAACAGCGUAUCGGGAAGCUCUCCUUGCAACGAGGACCACUGCUACGCAGCGGGCCUAACCAGCAGUGACGAAUGCAUCCUUCCCGACACGCAGGUUUCGUUCAAAUUCGUCCACCAGAGUUCGGAAAAAAGGCCUGCUCCCGCUGACACGCAAACUCCCGAUGCGAAGAAGGCGAAAACCACUUCAUCGGUCUCCUCCGAGACUUCACUGAAGAGCCGAGUGAUCGUGGCCGGAGCCCCCGUUCCAUCGGGGACCCCGGGUCCCGUGAUUGUGCGCCGGUGUAUUCUGCAGCCCGCCGGGGCGAACAUUACGCAGACAAUGCGGAACUCGUCACUGCCCAUUGCUAGCCAGUCCAGAGUUACCAUGUUAGUGAAGGCGAAGGAUGCCGGCAAACCGAUUCGUGUGCCGGUUCACAUGUAUCCCGCUUCAAAUCAACAAAGUGGUGCAUCUGGCACAGACUCGCCACAGAAACUCACGAUCGUGCACAUGAAGGUCCUCCAGCAGCCGCCGCAAACUAGUAAAACGUCUACGGGAAAGCAACAGAAAUCGCAGAAAACGGUAUCCAAGGGUUGUCAGACCACCAGAAUCACCAGGGCCCAGACACGGAAAAAGGCUGCCCGUGCCGAAGUUGAGCAGGAGCCCUGCACUGCACUCGUGAAGACAUUCCCCCAGCCAGAUAAGCGUAAGGGGCGCAGGAAAGGCAAGAACGCUAUGACCACCCAGUGCGUGGUGUUCUGCUGCGAGGCAUGCGGCGACGCGUUUUCGGCAGCCAAGCACCUGCACCGUCAUUGGCAGACACGGCACCGGAAGAAGCAAGAGGGCAAGCACCAGUGCUCUUACUGCACCUACAGCAGCGACCGCAAGGCCCACGUCACAAUGCACGAGCGGACCCACACGGGCGAGCGCCCAUUCUCCUGCUACGUGUGCCAGAAGGGCUUCUACCGUGCAGACGACGUCGAGACACACAUGCGCGUGCACACCAAGGAGAAGCCGUUCGAGUGCGACGAGUGCGGCCAGCGCUUCAACAAGGUGCACCUCAAGUCGCACAUGCGGACACACACGGGCGAGCGGCCCUACCAGUGCAGCCAGUGUAACCAGCGCUUCACCGAGCUCGGCAGCGUCAGGAAGCACGAGCGCAUGGUGCACGCCGGCGACUACCCACACUACUGCCCGCACUGCGGCAAGGGCCUGGCCAACAAUUUCAAGCUGAAGAAGCACCUCCGCGCGCGCCACUUUCAGUUCAAAAUGGAGGACUACGUGGACGAAGAGGAACAAACACCGGAGACGGUGAAGGCAGAAUGAAAGCGGGAUGAAAUGCACGGUGGUGUAGCCAGGGGACAAGGUGCGGCGAGCAGUGUCUGGCAUCAGCAGUGCAAAGCAAAAGAAAGUCAUACUCGGCUGUCCGGCGUUCGCAAGCUUUUGCAUGCCUGGAAGCAUCAGCUCGCGCUUUGACCAGUAGCUUAGAGCUGCAGGUCCUGAACUGCGAACACUAUAAGCGUUGCAGCUGUGAUGCUCAUAGAAGCCAACAGCAUUUGAAGGGCAGUUCUUGUAAGAAUACCUCGGUUUGGCCGAGUUGGUUCAUCUUGACAGUUUUCAUAAAAUCGCGCUAAAAACGAAGACGAAAAGAACACGUACGACAGGACGGGCGCUGAAGUUCCAACUGGCGUUUAUUUCAAACGGUCAUCUAUAUUAUGCACAGUGCAUCAGGUGCAUCAUGCACGCAUCAUCAUACAUAAGAUUGUAUGGUCAAUCAGCUGACAACUGGACAAAGAUGGACAGCUGACACACUUGUCAGCUGUCCAUCUUUGUUGUUGCAGGAAAAAGAAGUGACAUUUCUUUCGAGAUAUCUAGGCACGUGAACUGAUUGGCCAUACAAUCUUAUGUAUGAACUGAUCGACUUGUACACUCUUUUGUAUGAUGUUGCGUACAUGACGUACCUGAUGCGCAGUGCAUAAAUUAGAUGACCGUUUGAAAUAAACACCAAUUUGAAGUUCAACGCCCGUCCUGUCGUAUGUGUUCCUUUCAUCUUCGUUUUUAGUGCGUUCUUAUGAAAACUGCAGUUCUUGUGCUACUGCCUGAGCUGGCAAAAGGGGCUUGGCAAACAACGGAAGAACUGGCAUGCCUGCACCUAUGGGUCCGGCUUGUGUGCUCUGGUAGAACAACGGAAAUUGAGAGCAAAGUGGACUACAAAUAGGCACUCGUGAAUAGUAAGAAUAAAAGACAGUGGUGACAGGGUCGUGCUCGUGUGGAACAUCCAGGAAUUGUGAAGAAAAACCAGAUGACAACGUUUGGUAAAGGCAGCAGCUUGAUGAACGACUUGAACUGAACCACCUGCAGACCUGGCUUUAUUUUCAUAAGCACUUCAAGGCAAUUAAGCACAACGGAACACGCAUGACGGGAAAAGUAGAAUUCCAAAAAUAUGCGGAAAAUACCAUGGCGCCACAUUUGAAUUGCAUCAUGUGUCCAUCCAGCACUCCGGCGAGUCCAGCAGUGCAUGGAGUGUGACCUUAAUCUUCAGACGAAUUUGGUGAAGAAGGACUUGGAAGUCGGAAGAACACUUGUGUAUGCAGAAAUAUGCUUCACCACAGUGUGUUGCAAAAAACAAUAAUAAACAGAUUCUGUUGGGAA